AUGUCAUUGACAUCAGUACAACAUGCAGUUGUUAAGUCAGUUCUUUCCGGUGAUACACUUGUCAUCAGACCGAUCUCCCAGUCGUCAUUGUAUGAUAAAGAACAACGGAUUUCUUUAAGUUAUAUCAAAGCACCAAAGUUAGCUCGUCCAUCGGGUGAUCCAACAAACAAAACUGGAUUGACUGUUGAUGAACCGUAUGCAUUUGAAGCGCGUGAAUAUCUUCGGAAAAAGUUAAUUGGACAAAAUAUAUGUUAUACCAUUGAUACUCAAAGACAGAAACGAAAUGAUAUCAGUGUGAAUAACAUCUCAUAUAAACGUUUAGUAACACUUGUUGAACAAGCGAAAAUGAAUAAACGAGGGCAAUAUUCUGAUGAUCUCAUUACCAAUCAUAUUCGAAACGUGAAUUGGACUUUGGAUGAUCCGAAACGAUUUCUUAAACAGCAUGAAUCAUCGCCACCUUUGGAUGCUAUUGUGGAAUUCAUACGUGAUGGAAAUACCGUUCGUUGCCUAUUGUUGCCGUCUUAUCAUCUGGUAACGAUUCAAAUAGCAGGUAUUCGAUGUCCUAUGAUAAAAAAUGAUGGCCAUUCUGAACCGUUUGCUGAACAGGCUAGAGAAUAUGUCGAGUCGCGUUUAUUACAACGUCAAGUGAAGCUUAUUGUCAGUGGUGUUAAUAAGCAAAGUUUAGUGGGAACUGUUUUGCAUACGAAUGGCAACAUUGCAUUACACCUAUUGAAAGAAGGUUUAGCUCGAUGUGCUGACUGGAGUUUGACUUUUUUAAGGUCAGAUUGGAGACAACAGUAUCGACUAGCAGAAACACUCGCCAAAGAUAACCGCUCGAAGAUUUGGCAAGAUACCAAAACAGAUCUUAGCAGUACUGAUGCAGCAGAACCCAAUGGUUUCUCAUCAGAUGAAUAUCAAGCUAAAGUGCUGGAAAUUGUAAAUGGAGAUGCUUUGAUUGUACGUGAUUUACGUGAUAAUCAAGUGAGAAAAAUCUAUCUUGCUUCUGUUCGUGCGCCACGUGCUGCUGAUUUUCACUUACCAUCGAACACAACUACUUCCCGAUUGAAAAAACCUCUGUACGAAAUUCCGUACCUAUUUCAAGCACGUGAACUACUUCGAAAACGACUGAUUGGUGAAAUUGUUCGAGUGAUAACUGAUUAUAUUCAACCAGCAAAUAACGAGUAUUCUGAACGAUUUCGUUGUACGGUCUAUAUCGACAAUGUGAAUAUCGCUGAGUCAUUGAUAUUGAGGGGUUUAGCAAAAGCCAUUAGACAUCAACAGGAUGAUAAAAAGCGCUCGUCACAUUAUGAUGAGCUGCUCAUAGCCGAACAUCGCGCGGAAAGAAAUACACUUGGACUAUUUUCAUCAUAUACCGGUCUUCAUCCAGUGACAAAUUUCAUCGGCGAUGCAAAUAAUUCAGGAGCAAGAAGUUUACUGAGCACUCUUCAACGUAGUAAUUGGAUGGAAGGUAUCGUGGAAUAUGUCGUCAGUGGCUCACGCUUUAGAAUACAUUUAUUGAAAAGUGAUUGGAUCAUUUCAUUCCUACUAUCAUCUAUUAAUUGUCCACGUUUUGAACGACAUUCAUCUCCGAAUAACGCAUCUCCAAAACAAGAAAGUGAACCAUUCGGCGCUGAGGCAUUGGCUUUUUCCGAAGAACACUUUCUACAGCGAGAUGUCUAUAUAGAUAUCGAAGGUAUUGAUCGUGGUGGUAAUUUUAUCGGCCGUUUAUUAACGACGCAGAGACAAUCAGCGGUUUUAAUGCUUGUUCAAGCUGGUCUUGCUAAAGUAUCGAGCUUAGCACGUGGAGCAGCAGAUUAUAACGAAUUGUUGCAAGCUGAAGAGAGAAGUCGCGAGGAGCAUCUCGGUAUGUGGACUAGUCGCGCAGAAUCGGUGAUCGAAGAUACUGAUAAUGAAUCAGAGAGUAACUAUUCUACCGCAAAUGAAAGUCUUUGUGAACCCAAUGGAAGCGAUGAGAACGAUUCAAGUCUUCGUCGCGGAAUCGUGUCUCACAUUUCAUCCGAUUUGAAGGUCUAUAUUCAAUAUUCCGAUCGAGCAGAAAACCUUGAACAAUUGCAGACUAUGCUACAAGUACUUUUGAAUCAGAAAGCAUUACCUGACGGAUAUAUUCCUGAAGAAGAUGACCUAUUAGCAGCGCGUUUCUCAGUUGAUAACGAAUGGUAUCGUGCGCGAGUGGAAAAGAUUGACGAGAACAACCAAAUUACUGUUUAUUUUGUUGAUUACGGCAAUCGAGAAGUAAUUACAGACUUGAAUCGUCUGACAAUAUUACCACCUGAUUAUACACAACUACCUGCUAGUGCACAUGAAUAUCAAUUCGCUUAUGUUCGAGUGCCUUCGGAUGAUGAUCAAAGAGAAAAACUUCGAAAUGCGUUAUUCAAUCUUAUCGGCAAUGAUGAAUGUUUCAUAAAAGUUGAAUAUGGUGAGAGUACUACUGAAUAUAUAUCACUGUAUCGUACAAGUACGAAAGAGAAUCUUAUCGAUACUCUUGCUGACCGAAACUUGAUUGUACGCGAUCAAGGACAUAGCUAUGAUGAGCUUCAACAAGUUCAAUCAAAUUUAAUCAUAUCCGAUACGGUCUUCGAAUAA